UCAACAAAGUUUUUCUGUGCCUAAUUUUAUGCUCCUAUAUUUUCCAGCAUGUUUUCGGAACUCUCCUCUAAAUCCAAAGCUGGGAAUCCUAUACCCACCAUUGACCAAUUUUUAUCAAUUUAUGAUGAUGUUGUGAAGCACACUGGGAUUGCCGAGUCCAUUGCAGCUAGCCACAAUUCCGACACAGAAAAUGCCUUCUCGGAGCACUCAAAAUCCUCUUCACUGUGGGUUGAGGCUGCACUGGCUACUGAUCUUGAGAUAGUCUCCCUUCUAACCCCUCAGAGCAAUGAGUCUCCAUCAGCUCUGCAGAGAAGUUUGUCAAAAGGGCGGCAAUCUCAUCAUGCUUCAGCCAAAAACCAACUCAAAGCUACUUCAUUGCCACAUUCAGAACCUAAUGCUGCAAUGUGGACUAGAGGUCAGGGAAUGAAAGAGACAGUGCAUUUUGCAAUGGAGUUGAAGUCUGAGAUGCAAAUGUGGUUUCUUCAUUUCAUUGAGUCGUCCCUGGAUGCCGGUUUCCGGGUGCUGGGAGAGUGUGGUUCUGGUAGUAAAACAUUGCCUUUGGACUGUGGCUCCAUAGCAGCAGUUCUAUCGCAGUUGAAACGGGUCAAUGAUUGGCUAGACCGUGCGGUUUCAAACGGGGAUGAGCCAUUGGUAGACAAGGUCGAGAAAUUGAAGAGGAAAAUCUAUGGCUUUGUCAUUCAGCAUGUGGGAACCACUUUUGACAAUUCCAUGCAUCUUCGUCUUGAUCAUUGAUCUACCUUUUGUGCUUGUUCAAACUUACUCAAACAAGGAUGUUUAUUUGUUUUUACUUUAUCCGCUUCCCGGAUAAAGAUGAUCCUCAUGUAACAAAUGCAGGUAGCAUCAUUUUGGUAAUAUCAGAAUUCAUUUCGUUGGUGUUUG